CGUAUUGUGCACAGCAUAGAUCACAGCAGCCUGAAAUUUAUCUUAUUUAAUCGUAUACACGUACAUUUGCACAGUUCUAGCAUGCUGCUUCGUGAACUGGAUGGAAUGAAGAUCGUAUUAGAUAGGUAGCGCUACUCUAAACAGAUCUGAAAUAACUUCUACUUAAUGUCCUCAGCGGAGAUACUCCGGAUAAGAUAAGGAAUGUGCUGAAACCCUUUGACAGGGGCUGAACCUUGAAUUAUAAAAUAUGCUGUGACAUUUAUACACAGGUUCCUCAACUUCCUAUCCUCACUUCUCUCGUACCAUCAUAUCGUUGGUAAAUGAAGAGAUUCGAAUUUAAGAAUACGGGGAGGUUAAGGGGUAUAGUCAGCAGCCAGAAUAAUGGUUACUUUCGCCAUAUAUAUGACAUAGGCGUAGUCAUCUCUGUAGCAUCAGUAUUCAUCUCAUACGCAGUACUCCUGACGGAUUCAAUGAGCAUUCUGAAGACAUUAUACAAUCUUUACAAGGCCUCUUUGCACCCACUUAGGGUGAGGAGCGUUGAAGAUUAUACUGCCCUUGGUGACAGUCUCAUUAUCAAGCCAGUUCUCCCUGGGUGGACAACACCUCUUUCUGAUCUGCCUGCAUUUAUUUUGUCUUUCUUGGCUGUGCAGACAUUCCACGAAGCUGGCCACGCCGUCGCAGCUGUAUGUGAAAAUGUUGACAUCGUAUCUACUGGAGUGGCGUUAGCGUUUCCAUUCAUCCCUGGAGCAUUCGUAGCGCUAUCCCAGCAACACCUUUCGAACAUUUCGUUAAGAUCACACGCGAGAAUCAUAUGUGCAGGCGCAUUCCAUAAUUUCUUACUAGCAUUAUUACUAAGUGUGGUAGCAUAUGUUUUCAAUGGUCAGUUAUAUGAGUAUGUCGGUGAUUACGGUCGUGCCGUCACCAGCGUUUCUAAGGGUAGUGAGCUUUAUGGGUACAUACAUCCCAACACGAUCAUUACAUCCAUAGAUGCCCUGACAUUCAGCGUCGAGGCACCUAAAAAUGAAGCUGAUAUAGACAUAUGGGAUCGCUAUUUGUUAUCGCCAAUAGACCAAAAAGAGAUUGCAUCACGCCCUUACGCUUGGGCUGUUGAUAAGGAGGCCUUCGAUUCAUCAAAUAAAUCCUGCUGCUUAGCCGGCAACCUUGGGGAGCCUAUCAAUACCGCUGCAUGUUUCAUACCUUAUCAAACAUCCUCUCUCACCAGUGAGCAAGCUUGCUUCGAACCGUCGGAGGUUAUGCUACAGGAUACCACGGAUUGCCGGGAUCUAGACGAGGAGAAGUCUAUUUGUGUGCGCCCACAUCCAUGGUCUCACAUCGUGCGCGUUGGUUAUCUUGGUGCACAGAAUGAAGAGGAGAGUAUUUUGUUACAGAGCAGUAAGCGCUAUCUGUGGGAGAAUCUCAAAGUAUCACAAUACACGCAGAAACACCCAUUACUGUUUCCAGACUGGUUUGUCAAAUUUUUCUCAACAAUUACGCAAUAUAUUAUAGUAUUAUCAGUCACAUUUGGUCUGGUAAACAUGCUACCUAUACCUCUAUUAGAUGGAUCUGAACUUGUUCAGGUAGGACUACAAACAUCAAACCUACGUCUAUUCCACAGAAGAGUGCCUAGGGAUGACCUUAUAGAAUUAGAAGUUGGUCGCACUAGCUCACAAGCCUAUAAACACGAUUCAAUAGAAAAGCAUACAACUCGCUUGUUGAACGCAUUCACUUUAUCACUACUUGUAUUUGCAUUAGGAGGAUCUGUCCUCCUACAGUUCAUUGACAGCACCGUGUGAUCAUUCGCAUAGGCUGUAGUUAUGAGUAAUUCAAUGUAUAUUAAUAAUUCAUUGUUGUGUAGCC